CGCCUCUUCUUUAUAAUGAUUGCCUUUGUAAAACCCAUUUCUUUUUUACAUUAAACCUGACACGGUUGAACUUGGCUUUGCUUUGUUCUUGAAUGCAAAGCAAAGCGCCAAGCCAACCAUUCCCAGGUCUCUCAUUUCGAGAGCUUCUGCGUGUUCCUUUUCUCUUCUUUUUUCUCUAUUGAUUUGUGUUGUUGUGAUUGAGAGCAGCUAUCCUGAGAAUUAGAAUUGACUGUUUUAUCCGUGAAUUAGGGGGGGGAGGGCGUGCUCUAAAGAUCAAACUUGUUCCUUUCUGCAAAACUAUCAGGUACCCUUGUUCCUUUCAGAGUUUGUUCGAAUUUGGUUUCUCUUUUAAUUAUGUCUUCUUUGUGUAUGAUUAUUUGCUUCUUCGCCGCGUGCUUGUUUAUAAUAAUAUAGCUUUUUUAGCCAUGCAUUCUCUUUUUAUAGCCUGAUCUUCUAUCGCAAUUUGUCAUUUCGGAUGCCAAUAUGUAAAGGAGAACUGAGAGUUUUUUGUGUGAGAAAACAGAAGCCGGAUCUGCUUGCUUGACAUCUUAGGAAGUUGAUGGCUGCUAGUACAGCAACUUCGCCAGUUCAUGAAACGGAUAUUACAGUUCUAAAAGAAACACUUCGCUCUCAACAGCAACUUCUGCAGAAGCUCUAUGCGGAGCUUGAUGUGGAAAGAGAAGCUGCCGCCACCGCUACCAAUGAAGCUUUGUCAAUGAUCCUGCGGUUGCAAGGUGAGAAGGCCGCCAUGAAGAUGGAAGCAAGCCAAUACAAGAGAUUAGCAGAAGAAAAGAUAAGCCAUGCAGAGGAAUCUCUUGCGAUUUUUGAAGAGCUCAUGUAUCAGAAAGAAAUGGAAAUUUCUGCUCUCGAGUUCCAAAUUGAGGCCUACAAAUACAAACUUAUGAGCUUGGGGUGUGAUGAAUUGGAUGAUUUUGACAAAAAGUUUCCAGAGAAUCCAUUUGCAGAAAGAAAUGGAGAAAAGGGCGCUAAAUCUACCAUGAGAAGACUCAGCUCUCUGCCUUCGCUUUUUCCCACAGAUUUCUGUAAAAUGAAGAGUUCCAGUGAUGGAAAAAAGCAUGCGGUUCCAGCGGCAGAAACAAGUUCAAGCACAGGUGCGGGGAAUACGGAGUUACUAGUUCGAGAUCAUGGUUUGGAUUCAAGGAGGAGUUCGCCACGCUCGGUUGACUUCAAUUCUUUCUGGGAACAGAUCCGAACACUAGAUGAAAAGGUGAAAGAGAUUUCGGAUUGUAAAGAAGUUGGUAAAAACAAGUUACCGAAAAUAAAGGUUAAAGCGGUGUCCCAAAGUACCAGUCCAAGAGCAAAACUUCCCCCUAAAUAUCGAAUAAAAACUUGUGAAGGUUCAUCAGAGAAAGCCACUCCAAAUUCUGCCAAUUCUUCUAACACUGUUCAUGAUGUAUUUGAGGUCCAGUGCAAAUUUGAAGCUCCAGAAAGCAGUGAAAGAAACAAAAGUUGUUUUAAUGGGGAAAAGAACAAAGGGAAGUCAUAUGUGGAAGAAGAUAAUAGGCUUAAGAAGCCAGAUUUGUUCCUGAUUGGAUCACCUGUAGAUGAUGAUAGUGACUGGUUCAGCAAGGACGACUUUCAAAGUCUAAAGCCUGGGAAAAAAGGAUAUAAACUGAUAGACGAAAUGAAUCCUGAUCCCGAUCCCGACUAUGAGUCGCCUGUUGAAUAUGAUACCGAAUGGAUAAAGAUGACUAACUUGCAAGGCACAAAGCAUGAGAAAAGAUCAUGUAACCCGAGCGAUGAGACAAAUGAUGACUGCAAAUCAUCUCUUCUUCCCCUAUCCACAGGAAUUACUAACUAUCAAUCAGAACUGCAACUGCUGGCUCAGAGAGUUGAGCAGCUUGAGGGUAGAAGAAAUAAUACAAAACGUGAAAUUAGUGAAGGGAGGGAAGAUGAACUGAAUUUGUUGAAGCAGCUAAGAGAACAACUUAAUUCAAUACAGUCUGAGAUGAGAAGUUGGAGACCAAAGAAAUCAUCUCCUUCAGAUGAGGUGCAUCUACUUCCUCUCCUAGAGGUAAUGCUGUACUUUUGGUUGUAAUCAAGCCAUUGAUGUAGAAUCAACUCAAGAAAGCAAUAGUGACCUCGGCACAUGAUGGAUUGAAAAACUGAUCAUGCAUUACUUUAUAAUGGUAUAUUUUGAUCUUCUAGUGGGUAACAUUAUACAACAUGCAUUACUUUAUAAUGGUAUAUUUUGAUCUUCUAGUGGGUAACAUUAUACAACAGAUAAUUCUUUUUGUAUACAGACUGUUCUGUUUUGUUUUGUAUAUAAAAACAAGUAUGAUGCAUCCACUAGGAAAACAAGAAAAUGUGAUUGUUUCCGGCAUUUAGAGGUUUGUUUGACCUCUUUCAUGUCUGGAUUUUCCUCCUGAAUUUUGGGAUGGUUUGUAAAAAUGAGCAAUUUAUUCAUUUAUUUAUUCUUUGUAACUCAAAAUAAUGCGAAAAAUCAAAGCUACUAA